UUGCCAUUUCCCUCGGCAGCCAGGACUUUGCCCCAGGGAUGCUUCAGCAGAUCCAGGAGAAGGAGGACUUGUUGGCCGAGGCCUUAGCCGAGCAAGAUCAGAUCAUAACCCGGUGGCAAAGGCGCCUGCAGGAGAUGAAGGACGGCGCCUCAGCCAGGGAGCAAGAACUGAGGGAGCAGCUGCAGCAGCGUUCUCAAGAUGCCCGAGCACAGGCCCAAGAAAUGGAGCAGCUACGGAGGCGCCUGGCGCAGGCAGAGGCCGAAGUAGCCCAGGGGGCCGUGACGUUGGAGGAACAUCGGAGACAACUAGACGUGUUGAAGGAGGUGGGAGACAUGAAAGACCGUACCCUGGAGACAUUUCUGCGAGAGGGGGAAGAGAAGGACCGGAUUUUGCAGAAGCUGCAGGAGCUCUGGUUGAAGAGAACAAGGCAGGGAGCAGGGGGCAAAGUUGCAGGUUUGACUCUUCUGCCUCCCACCACCUGAACCCUCAGCUGCCUGAUGAGCUCAAGAGCUGCAACGCUGAAGAGAUGCUCAGCGAAACGAGUGGUACUUGAUAAUCAGAAAUACUGUGCAGGGAAUGGAAGGAGCGGCAUCUUUAUUUCAUAACGGGAGUAGCAGAGACAAGCUGCUUCUCUUUGUUCUAUUUCUGGGGAAAGGAAGGUGGAGUGGUGAAUGUUCCAGAUGCGAGAAAGCAAGGAUCCCAAUGUUUGAUUAAGAACACACUGCCUAAAUGAAAUUUGUUUUAAAAGCA